AUGUUUCGGCCAGUCGAUCGACCCCUGAGUUUCAGGCAGCGCGCCAACGAGUGGAUCUAUAAGAUGUUAUUUCUUUGGUCGAGGGAGCCAGCCCCGGGUCCGAAGGCCGGUCCCUGGUUCGCGUGGCUCGCCACGGCCCUGUUUCUCUGGCGUUGCAGACGAAGCAUCGCGAAAGCGAUCCUGGCCGUGUCGCCGCUGAGGCUGCUGAAGAAACGUAACGCCGCGACGUCGGCGAUCGCGAGGGCGUCGUCGAUGGCGAUACAGACGAAGCACCAGCAACGUCUGAGGCUGGAGAACCCCAUAUUGCAACGGAAGUUCAAACACGGCAUCAAGAGGGUGAAACGAUUCUGCACCGGCGACGGGCCGCACGUGACCAACUCGACGUCCGCGAUACAGAGUCAGCAGAUUUACUACAAAACUACCAGAAGCGGCAAAAUAUACGGGAAAUAUCCGCACAAGGCUGCUGCGUCGGCGAACAACAGCUAG